GCCGGUUGCAAAAGCAGCAGCCUCUCCCCGGCACCACCAGGAACCGGGAAAGAGGGGGGGAGCCCGGGGCUUCCCCAACCUGCAGAGCCACAUCAAGUGACGAAAGGCAUCUCUAUCCAGUCGGAGGUGACCCAAGAGAAGGGGAGGAUGGAAGAGCAUGUACCAGAAGGAGCUGCAACUGGCAAGACAGCAAGCAAAGGCCCCCCUCCCACCCAAGCUGGGAGUGGUGGUGAAGGCUGGGAAAGCCCCAUGCCAGAGACACGUUCCCAGGGCACGGAGAUCUCAGAGGCGCAUGGCAAACACUUCCGGCAGUUCCAGUACCGUGAGGCUGGUGGGCCCCGAGAGGUUUGCAGCCGGCUCCAUCGACUCUGCCGCCACUGGCUGAAGCCAGAGAGGAACUCCAAGAAGCAGAUGGUGGAUCUGGUGAUCCUGGAGAGGUUCCUAGCCCUCCUGCCCCAGGAAAUGCAGCCCUGGGUGAAGGAAUGUGGGCCAGAGACCAGUUCCCAGGCGGUGGCCUUGGCCGAAGGCUUCCUUCUGAGUCAGGCCGAGGAGGAGAGGCAGGCAGAGCAGAUGUGGGGACCAUCCAUGGAGAGAGAAGCUCCAUUCCCUGAGGCAGAACGAGGUUCCUUGGAGGAAGGGCAGAGGGCACAGGCCGAGGAGGGUGUCCAAGAUGCCCUCUCCUGUGGCAGUGGAGAGAUGCUGUUGAGUCAUUCCAGAGGUGUGGAAACAGCUGCUUUACCUCCAGUCCAGUGCCCCUUUUCCUUUGAGGACGUGGCUGUCUAUUUCACCCCAGCAGAAUGGGACCUGCUGGAUCCGGGCCAGAAAACCCUCUACAGGGAAGUCAUGCGGGAGAACUAUUGGAGCGUCAUCUCUCUGGAAGAAGGGAUGAGAGAGACUUUUGUGGAGAAAGACAAUGGUUUCACAUCUGAAGAAAUGCUGGAGAAUUUCUCAAGGGGAUCCCAACGACAGAUUUCCUUCUCAACUCAGCUGGCUGAGAAGGAUGAUCAGAGAAACGAGGAGGGUGUGGAACUUCUCCAGCACUUGCCAGAUCAAGAUCAAGACUUGAAAGAAAACAAAAGAUAUCGAAGCAAACCUAAGAGAAAGGAAGGCAGCUGUAAGGUUAAGAAGAGGAAAGAAAAAAGGAUUAAUGUACAUUUUCCAAAGCAGAGGAUAAUUAAGGCAUGUACAUCCAGUCAGUAUAGAAAGUACUUCAAAAAUAGAUCACAGCUCCUUGUGCACCAAAGAGUACACACAGGCAAGAAACCUUUUGAAUGCUCUGAGUGUGGAAAGAGAUUCAGUCAGAGUUACACUAUUCAACAACAUCAAAGAACCCACACAGGAGAGAAACCUUUUGAAUGCUCAGAGUGUGGAAAGAGAUUCAGUCACAGAUGCAAUCUUCAACGGCAUCAAAGAACCCACACAGGGGAGAAACCUUUUGAAUGCUCAGAGUGUGGAAAGAAAUUCAGUGACUGUGGCAGUCUUCAACAGCAUCAGAGAACCCACACAGGGGAGAAACCUUUUGAAUGCUCAGAGCGUGGAAAGCAAUUCAGUGACCGUGGCAGUCUUCGAUGCUAUCUAAUAACCCACACAGGGGAGAAACCUUUUGAAUGUUUAGAAUGUGGAAAGCGAUUCAAUCGGAGUGGCCAUCUUCAGCAGCAUCAAAGAAGUCACACAGGGGAGAAACCUUUUGAAUGCUCAGAGUGUGGGAAGCGAUUCAGUCGGAGUGGCACUCUAAAAGUGCAUCAGAGAACCCACACAGGGGAGAAACCUUUUGAAUGUUCAGAGUGUGAAAAGCGAUUCCGUCACAGCGCCCAUCUUCAAGUACAUCAGAGAACCCACACAGGGGAGAAACCUUUUGAAUGCUUAGAUUGUGAGAAGAGAUUCAGUUACAGUAGUGAUCUUCAAAAGCAUCAGAGAACCCACACUGGGGAGAAACCUUUUGAAUGUUCAGAUUGUGGAAAGAGAUUCAGUCGGGGUAGCACUCUAAAACGGCAUCAGAGAAUCCACACAGGAGAGAAACCUUUUGAAUGUUCAGAGUGUGGAAAGAGAUUCAGUCGAAGUAGCACUCUUAAACAGCAUCAGAGAACCCACACAGGGGAGAAACCUUUUGAAUGUUCAGAUUCUGAAAAGAGAUUUAGUCAGAGUGGCAAUCUUCAACUGCAUCAGAGAACCCACACAGGGGAGAAACCUUUUGAAUGCUCAGAGUGUGGAAAGAGAUUCAAUCAGAGUGGCACUCUAAAAGUGCAUCAAAGAACCCACACAGGGGAGAAACCUUUUGAAUGCUCAGAGUGUGGAAAGAGAUUCAGUGACAGAGGCAAUCUUCAACGGCAUCAAAGAACCCACACAGGGGAGAAACCUUUUGAAUGCUCAGAGUGUGGAAAGAGAUUAAGUGACUGUGGCAGUCUUCGACACCAUCAGAGAACCCACACAGGGGAGAAACCUUUUGAAUGUUCAGAUUGUGGAAAGAGAUUCAGUUGGAGUCGCUCUCUAAAACGGCAUCAGAGAACCCACACAGGGGAGAAACCUUUUGAAUGCUCAGAGUGUGGAAAGAAAUUCAGUGACAGAGGCAAUCUUCAACAGCAUCAAAGAACCCACACAGGGGAGAAACCUUUUGAAUGCUCAGAGUGUGGAAAGAAAUUCAGUGACCGUGGCAGUCUUCGACACCAUCAGAGAACCCACACAGGGGAGAAACCUUUUGAAUGUUCAGAUUGUGGAAAGAGAUUCAGUCGGAGUAGCCAUCUUCAGCUGCAUCAGAGAGCCCACACAGGGGAGAAACCUUUUGAAUGCUCAGAGUGUGGAAAGAGAUUCAGUCUCAGUGAUCAUCUGCAACGGCAUCAGAGAACCCACACAGGAGAGAAACCUUUUGAAUGUUCAGAUUGUGGAAAGAGAUUCAGUCGGAGUAGCCAUCUUCAGCUGCAUCAGAGAGCCCACACAGGGGAGAAACCUUUUGAAUGCUCAGAGUGUGGAAAGAGAUUCAGUUGCAGUGAUCAUCUACAACGGCAUCAGAGAACCCACACAGGAGAGAAACCUUUUGAAUGUUCAGAGUGUGGAAAGAGAUUCAGUCAGAGUGGCAAUCUUCAACUGCAUCAGAGAACCCACACAGGGGAGAAACCUUUUGAAUGCUCAGAGUGUGGAAAGAGAUUCAAUCAGAGUGGCACUCUAAAAGUGCAUCAGAGAACCCACACAGGGGAGAGACCUUUUGAAUGUUGAGAGUGUGGAAAAGUGAUUAAGUCGGAGUGGCUGUCUUGAACUGCACCAAAGAAUGCACACGGGGAGAAAUUUUUUACAUGCUCAGAUUGUGGGAAGAGAUUUAAGCCCUCAAAUUCAUACCACAAUCCCACAUGCUGUUAAAGGGACACCUCACUUUUCCCCUCCAGGUUCUUGGCAACCCUAGUGUUUCUUUAUGAAGCAGAAAACUCUGCUAACGAAAAGUCAGAGCUCAUUAAAAGUCAGAGCUCAUUG